CGCAUUUUGUUAGCUUUCUGGCAACUGUUGUAAGCCAGUCUCGCGAGUGUGUGUGAAAGAGAGAGCGAGUGUAUGAGUGAGAGACAGCUCCCUGUCCUUGGCCGGCCCGGCUGAUGUUAGCAGCAUUCAACACUGCCAGGUCAACAGGGGUCAUGAGGAUGUCCGGGCCUGUGGUUGCCAUAUGGAGCGGCUGAAGCAGGCAUGGAAACCUGUUCGAUUGAAUGCAAAUAGCACCCAUUGCACCGAGUGUAUUAGCUGCAGUUGUGUUUCCAUAUUAGUGACGCCAUAAUUUUCUUGGAGCACAUGAGCGGCAAUUUUUCUUUUCAGCAUCACAUACAAGGUAUCUUUGCCAACAUUGCCAGUGAGACUUUGCCAUGAAAAUGUCUGAUACAGUCGACUUUGAAACAGCGAAGGCUUCUGAGGCUGCCAACGCCAUGGUGUAUCCAAAAGAUAAUGCCACCCAGUCUGAAGUUUCUGAUGAGGUUGCCAAAGAAAACUCUGGCAACAUAAAUACAGUAGAAGCCAAGCCUAAGACCAGGCUAAAGCUUGUUCGGAGCCUGGCAAUAUGUGAGGAGUCCUUCCCUUGUCCUAUUCUUGAGCCUUCAACUGCACCUCAGGAUGAAUUCCUUCUUCGAAUGUUAGAAAAGGAUGACCGAGCUACACAAAAUCAGGCUCAGAAAGGAGUCAGCUGCGACAAGGUGAACAAAGCAGAAAAAGUGCAGAGAAAAACCGUGUCCAGAGAUUCCAGUCAAGACUACACUGAUUCAACAGGCAUUGAUCUUCAUCAAUUUUUAGUGAACACUUUGAAGAGCAACCCCAGGGACAGAAUUAUGCUGCUGAAGCUUGAACAAGAUAUCUUAGAGUUCAUCAACAAUAUUGAAAGUCAAAAAAGAACAUUUCCGCCUAUGACAUCCUAUCACAGGAUGUUGUUGCAUCGUGUGGCUGCCUACUUCGGCAUGGACCACAAUGUGGACCUCACUGGAAAGUCUGUUGUAAUCAACAAAACUACAAACACAAGAAUCCCCAAUCAGAAAUUUUCCGAGCACAUCAAGGAUGACAGGGCAGAUGAUUUCCAGAAACGCUACAUUCUUAAACGAGACAACUCCAGCUUUGAUCGCGACGACAGCACCAUUCGGAUGCGUUUGAAAGCAGACAAGAAAAGCAAAUCGAUGGAGGAGAGGGAGGAGGAGUACCAGCGAGCCAGAGAGAGGAUAUUCUCACAUGAUGGAGAUCACUUCAUCCUGGAUCAAAGGGCUCAGGAUGAAGACGGAUGUACACAUACCCAGCACAGGCGCCAAAUGUUCAGGUCACGGCCUGGACGGUCAGGCGCCAGCUGGCAAAGCAGCUCAGAGACAGAGACACUGCCACGAAACGGUGAUCCCCGACCAUGGAGCAGUACUGACAGCUCGGACAGCUCCCACCACCUCGCCCCGCGACCUGCCAUCACCAAGGCCAGCAGCUUCAGCGGCAUUUCCCCUGGUUUGGCACGAGGGGACAGCACUGCCAGCAUUAAGAGCACUGGGAGGCUAUCCAAAACAGGAUCCGAAUCAUUCAGUAGCGUUGGCUCUUCAUCCAGCUCACUCUCCCGUCCCCACCGGCCUUUCAUCAUGUCAGUGUCUUUGCGGCCCAAAAUCUCCAGUAUGCCUUUAACGCACCCAGCUGCAGACACCAAAGGCUCAGCACACCCAGACAUGUUGAAGAGUGUUCCAUCACAGCCAACCCCUGCUGAUGCAACAAACUAUGCGAUGUCACUGGACACCUCCGGGAUACCACCUGCCCACAUUCCAGUGAAUCCACAUACGGGAAAGCCUUUCAUUCAUUCUAAUAGCAGUGCUGUAGCUUGUAGUCCAGCCACCGUCACACCCCCUGCCAGCAGGGGCCCACAUCAAGGGAAGGUGCCACAGCAGUCAACCUCCGCUGCAUGUCAGCAACAGCACAUCAAUCCCUACCUCUCACAGCCAACGUGUCAUCCAUUCCAGCCGUCCUCUGAGCCUGUUCACAAUUCAGUCUCUUACCAUCUUCCUCCUCAGUUCCUGCCAGUCUGUGCUAACCAACAGUACGCUGCGCCUGAAACCCUCAACACCCAAUUCAGUCACAUGACUCUGACCCAGCAGUCGUCCAGCAACAGUGGCGCUCCUGUCGCAGAUGCCCGUCAUUAUGCACCAGUGUACAACAAUCCUACCCCGGUGGUGUUGCAUGGAGGAACCUCACAGCAAGUUUCCAACUACAUAGUUUCAGGACCCUCAGGGGGACACCCAGUUAUGCUCCAAGGUCAGCCUGUCCCACUUCCAACUCCAGGACCACAACAUGCCUCUCCCAGUAGCAUGACUGGUCAUGCUACUUUUCUUGGGUCCACUCUGAACCACCAACACACCAGUGUUCUCCAGCAACACACUUACAUUCAUCAGCCAGUCCAGCAGCUAUCCCCAUGCUUCUGUUCAUCAACCCACCAUCUUCAGUGCUUCAACCACCAGCAACAACAGCAGCACUGCCGUCCACCUGGAAAUCAUUUGCAGCAAAAUGGCCCUCACAGUCAAAUCUUACCCCAGCAGCAAGUGCAUCUGCCUGUAAUGUCAAGCCCAGCACCCUACCAGACCAUAGUGGGCAUGCAGCCAACGACAAACUUUGCUCUCACCAGUGUCCAGCAGAGCAAUAUUGGCAGCCAGAUGCAAGGGAUGAUGGUCCAGUAUGCCCCAAUUCAGUCUUACCAGGUGUCUGUGCCACAGCAUACGGGGCCAAUGUUGGUGUCGUCGUGCCCACCAGGACAAGGUGGGGUGGCAGUCGCUGCCGUACAGCCCUGCUAUAGCCUUCUCCCUGCUCCGAACCAGCAUAGUACCAUGAGUUCCACUGUGAACUUUCUGCCCUCCUCAAUGAUGGAUCAUCUCCAGUUCCCACAGAACUCAUCCUCCUGUGUUGCCCAUCAGAAUCCAGGAUUGUUGCCCCCGACCCCCACCAGUGGUAUAGUGAUGCUCCAAAUGGCAGCUCCCCCCUGCCAGCAGCCCCAGGCGUCCUCCCAUUGCCACCAGAAGCUACCCAGCCACAAACACCUGGGCCCCGAGCACCAGCCCACCCGCAGACUGAACGAUAACCCGCCACCUCCUGACAACAUGCAGAGCAGCCUGCCCUCGUCCCCGGUGCUCACUCCCUCGUUGAGACAGUCAGUCAGCAUCAAGGGGCUCCAAACAGGCAUCUCAUCCAUCCCCAUCAUGCCCCACCAGCACCAACUGCAGCUCCCUACAGUCUUCUGCCACAGUGGACCAGGUGAGGCCCACUUCUCUCUCCUGGGCCAGCCUCUGCAGUAUAAGCCGUCCAUCCAACCGCCGCUUAUCCACACUGGGCAGAUGGUGACCAAACAUCAGGGUCCAAUGGGAAUUUGGCGUUGCGGUCAUGGAAGGAAGCCCAACAGAAAAUUUUUAUCUUCUGAUCUCAGUGUAGGUGAAGCAGCAGUGAGCAGUCAAAAGGGGACAGGUGAGACAGACUCUGAAAACCAUCUGGCACACUUCUGCAAAAGCGGUGAAUUGACGCAGUGUCCGUGCUACAGCAGAGACGCUCCCAGCUCAAACAUGGCCUCACUCUAUUCCCCCUGUGCCAUGAUGCACCCAGCCACUAUGCUUCACUAUAGCAGCUCACUGGCCAAUUUUAAAUCCAGAACUCACUCGCCCAGACUUCAGGUUGAGCUGUGUGACCAAACCAGCUCAUAGCUGCUUCGUUCCUUCGUGCUUCAGUGGAGCACCAUGUGAUUGAACGUCCAGCCUUUGCUGCCUCAGUCUGAACUGUUUCAGCACCUCACGUCCAAUACUUCUCAAAUCCAAAUCAGUAUCAUUGUUUAAAGAGUGAAUUUUUUCCCCUGUUUUACUUCAUUUUUAUUGCUGUUUUUCAAUCCAGCCAAGAGUUGUGGGCAUAUUGAGCACAGCGUUGUUUCUAAAGCAUUUUUUGACUGCAUCUCAAUGUAGAAUCCUUUCCUUAAGGUAAAUGAGAUAUUUGAGAUUCAUCCACCAAUUUAAACUGAGCUGUUCAUUUCUAAAUGUGCAGGUUUAUUGGUAUGACAGCAUAUUGUCAAGCCAAAGUCUGCAACUUGUGGAAAAAUAAGGAAUUUAACACUCGUGAUUGGAAGAGUCACCCAGCAGUUAAUUAAACACAGCAAUGUGAGCCUGAACAAUCAACACUGGAUGGGUAUUCUACUUUAAGUUAUGUCACUGUUGCAUUUGCACUCACGUGAUGAGCAAGAUCUGAUUGGUGUUGAGUGCUUGCAACUUAAAUGUAUAUUUUAUUGAUAACCUUAUUAGUUGCACUAGAUGAGGCCACUUUGUUUUAAUUAAAAUUGUUUGCACAUGAAAAAUGAAAGACUGACUGUGUGUUUUGAAGUUGUUUAAACAAAAUAAAUGUUCUCACUACA